GUACUCUGGACUUGAAAGUGAGACCCUUUUACGGACUGGGAGAGUAGUAGUCUUACAUUAAAGGAAAUAAGUGCACCGCGCAAACAAUGCUGUACUGAGUGAGGAGCAGGUAUGACGCAGGUGUUCGCUGAAGAAAAGUCUGGAUGAUCCGUACAGCGGCGAAACUCCGCUGAGGAGGCGACAGAGGUGCAGCCCGGACCUUUUGUGUCAGUGAUCUGUGCGAUGGGAGCCGGUGGCGGAAGACCUGCUGUUGGUUAUGCCACCUGCCUGUGCUGUUUCUGAUCAAAUUCAUUUCUUCUGUAAAGCUGCUCAGAAAAGAUGAAGAGGUUUUUACUUCGCUGUGUUCUUCUCUGGGCGAUGUUGCAGCGGAGCAACAUGCAAAUGUCUGUACCUGCCACAGUGUUAAACUGCUGUGAAGGGGAUAUUCUGAUCCUACUGGACUCUUCGGGAAGUGUGGCAAACUACGAGUUCUUGCGCAUGUUGCUCUUCACCGCCGAGCUGCUUCGCCCCUUCUCACUGGGCCGCGGGCAUGUACGAGUCGGGCUGCUGCAGGUGGGCACAAGCCCUCGCCUGGAGUUCAGCCUGGAUGUCCACAAAAAUCAGGAAAGUCUGCAGAAAGCUGUCCGGACUGUCAGCCAGCUGCAGGGAGACACCAACACCGAGGCGGCGCUGAGGGUGGCCCAGCGGAUUCUCACCGAGACGGCGGAGAACGUGCCAAGGAUACUGCUGUGGCUGACAGAUGGUGUACAGCCUGGAGACGUGGACAAGCUGAUGUCUGAGCUGAAGGCGAAAGGAGUUUCUGUGAUAGCCGUGUCUACAGUACAUGGCAACUACCAGGUGUUACAACGUGCAGUGACACCACCUCUGAAGUCCCACCUCUACUCUGUGGACAUAGAUAACAUCGAAAUUAUCAGAGAGGACCUGAGGGAGGCCAUAAUUAAAAUCAUUGGUGCAGAACGGCUCCGUGUGGUUCACUUGACUUCCCACAGUGCUGUGCUGCAGUGGCGUCCUGUUCUAAAGGCAGGCAGAGGUUACUAUGAACUCCGGUAUCAUUCUGUGUGGAAACUGGACCCUGAAACCAGACGCACUCUCCCAGGCGACUCCAGCUGGGUAGAGCUGGCCAACCUGCAUCCUGAUACCGCCUACACAGCUUUCCUCCGUCCAGAAUCCAACCAGAGGCUGUUCAACACACUCUCUGUUAACUUCACCACGCUUCCUGAUGUUUUAAGCCCUGCAGUGGUCUCCGUAUCAGACUCUGGCCCUCGUCAGGUUCGUGUGAGCUGGGGCCCCCUGCAGCCAGCACGAGUCCAGAGAUAUACGGUGGAGUACGGCACUAUUCCAAGUGGACGUGUCCAGACCGUGACGUUACGCAGCCAGCAGAACUCCACCUUACUGACCGGCCUGGAGCCGGGCACUCAGUACCUGGUCACAGUCAGUGCUCUGCAUGUGAAUGGGAAAGAGAGAGCCAUGUCUGUGAGGGCAUGCACUCAAGAGGCUGCUCUGCCUGCCCUGGCCGACCUCCAGCUGACCCCGGUGCAGCGUCAGGAGGUGCGGGUAGCGUGGCGGGGCCAUCAGAAAGGCUUGAAAGGCUACUGGCUGAGCUGGGAGAGAGAAAACUCACUCAGUUCCUCCUCGAAGCCCUCCAUCUCCUCCGUCUACCUGCCUCCUACCUCUCAUUCAAUGCAGCUCACACACAUCGCACCAAGCAGCCGAGUGUGUGUGUCCCCGGUCUACAGCUCCGGCCGAGGAGAAGGGAUUUGCUGCACUGCAGAGAGACACACAGAUUCCAGCCAGUGGGGUUAACAACCAGAGUCUGCAAUAAUUAGGCAGCUGGAGCAAAACAAAUGGGUGAAAUCGAGCAUGUGAAGUGCUGUAUGCACUAGAUACCUUGUGCAGGACUGAAUAUUAUUUCUAACAAUCUUGAAGAUCUCUAUUUCGUCCUCUUUGGUGGCACCUAUGGCGAUAAGCUGUAAUUGCAGGUGUGUUUUUGGUCACUGCACAGAGAUUCAAUCACUGUCACUCGUCUGACAUCAAGUUUCAUCUGAAGUCAUUGACCUUUGUUCAGCCAUGGUAACUACUCGCAACGCUAGCAGAAACCAGAAAACUCUAGCAGUCUGUUGCAUUGGCUCCACCUACCCUCUCUGGUGGACCAACCACUGCUGAGCAAUGGAGAAUGCGUCACUAACUGUGCGCCACUUGUGAUUUUUCCCAAGAAUGAUGCAACAGAAGCCCAGCUCAUAGUACUGUUAAUGCAAGGGCUUUCAUCAGUGAGCCACGGGCUCAAUCACCAUUGUGUUAUUUACAAUGAAAAUCUUUGAGAUUAUUAGUUUAAAUUAAACUUUUCAUCUUGAAUUGACAAAAAAGGCUUUAUCACAUGGUCCCAGCCCUCUGUCCUCACAACGGCUGAACAAAUCUGGCAGAACGUUUUUCAAAAUUGCAGGAAGGCUGUUGAUCACAGCAUCUCACAAGUGUUCAGUUCGCCAGAGUAUGCAGGUAAGUUUGUGUGAGGAACUAUUGUUAUCGACAAUCAUUAUUUAUUAUUACCAGUCUAUUGUGUCAGCCUACUCUUUAAUUGUACUGUUACAUAGAUACAGGUGUAUUUACUUGAAAUUGUAUGAAAAUGUUCUCUUCUCCUUCCAAUUAUAUUCAAAGUUCUUAAUAUGUAGUAAAUGUUUGUUUCUUGUUGAAUGCCUGAAAUAACAUAGGCUUGAGAAAACUGUUUAUUUUAAGUCUUUGAGGUACCAUAAACCGCGCAGCAUCUUCAAUAUGAAUUGUGGAGCUAAAGCUGAUGCAAUGCAAGUAGAAAUACAAGUGCCCUGAUAAACUGGGACCUGAGUAGGUGAGCUACAGGAGCCUGAUAAUCAGGUUGAAUUGCAUUUCUUUUUCACUUCAUUAUUCAUUUAAAAGGCUGAAAAAGAGUUGAUCUGACAUGAGCAUCAAUUACUUCUACCUUUUCCAGUCUAAUAUGGGCCUGAGGCUAAAGAAGCUUUGAAUGCCAAGCUAGAGGACUAUGACCUUGCCUGUUAAUGUUUUUCUCAGAUUAGUAUAGCUCUUGCUCUGACUGACACUGGUUCCUUCUUUGAAACUUAAAAAAGCAGUGAUCAUCUGUGAAAAUGUUCCAGAUGUACAAAUAUAACAGAGUUGUUUUAUACACAGCAGUAACAGUGCAAAAUUAUUUAAAAUUAUUUUCCAAAGUCUGUUUCACGGCUGCAGGCAACAAACCAUAGUGGAGCUAACUGACCAAUUAAAAACAAUGCUGUAUUCAUGCAUGCUGGCAAAUAGUGUGGAAUAAUUUUUAUUAUUUAUAAGGACCGUAUGUCUGCUUGUUCUGUACCAUUUGUGGCCUUUGUGUAAUGUUCAUUAUAUUGCUUUGACUUUGAAGCCGAUCAUGAAUUAGUCAGAAAAAGGUUUAUUUUUUUGCCUUAACAGACAAUUUCCAUCAGUCUUUCUCUUGGUUUCGCACAGUGAUGGACAGUUGUGUCAGAUGCCACACUGGCAAGAUGCAGUAAAAUCACAGACAAUCACAGUCGGCAUUGCUGUCAGUGAUAAAACGCAAUGAGCAUGUGGUGCUUAUAAAUCAUGAAGAUGAUUGUUGCAUUUUAUGUUAUUUGGCUCUUCAGAUCAGAGUAAAUGCCACACUGGAUCAGCUUCCGGUUUCUGUACAAUGCUCAUGAGUAUCCAAUUCUUCCAGUGAAUGUGUACUGUGAAUAUAUAAAUGUAAAUGUCCCUGUUUUGUAUUUAUGUGCUACUGAUUUUAUUGCCAGACUUGUCUGCUACAGUGUUCCUCUGGGCGAGUUAAAGGACAAGAGAAAGAAAAUUUCUAUGAAAGAUGUUGUGUCUAUAAGCAUUUGAUUUUAUAUAUAAAAUGAAUAUGAAUGAAUAAAUGAAAAAAUACCAUUAAAUUUGAAUUGUCCUCACUGAUUUUAGGGUAUUUGGUUGUUUAUGGGACCAUCUAGUGGCUAUAGGCUGUAAUCAGCUAUUGCACUGGACUAUUAUAAGCUUCAUUCUUCCUCAAAAGUGACAUAAACGGAACAUAUAGGAUUGCUAGAGCUCAUACGUUUUAUUUUUUUUAUUAUUUUAUUAUUUAUUUAUUCUUCCAAUU